AUGGCCAACCUCCAAUUCCCCUACCCGCGCAAAUCCUCCGUUCCGACCGUCAGCACCUCUCCCCGCCGGUCAACGUACCUCCGCCAACGUCGCGCCAUCCGCACCUAUGGCCCACCUCUCAUCGGCCUGACCGCCAUCAUCUGGCUCCUCUUCUACCUCUUCUCCACCCGACCGACGACCGCCUCCACAACCCUCGCCAUCCCACCCCGACCCUCCAACCCCCCCGAAGUCAUCAUCGUCACCCCUCUCGACCCUUCCCUCCCUCAAUCCUUCACCUCCACCAUCCGCGCCAACCGCAACCACUACGCCCGCCUCCACAACUACGCCACCUUAUUCCCCUCCACUCACGCCUACGACCUCCUUCCCAAUACCCCGUAUUCCUGGUCCCUCGUCCCCUCCCUCCGCCACGCUCAAACCCUCCACCCGCACACCCCCUGGAUCUGGCACCUCUCCUCCACCGCCCUGAUCAUGAACACUACCCUCUCCCUCGACUCCCGCCUCCUCUCUCCUUCGGUCUUGCCAUCUCUCCUCCUCCCCGACACGCCCGUCGUACCACCCGACUCGGUGAUCCACACCCCUUCCCACCGCAACCCAGCCUCCACAUCCAUCAUCCUCUCCCGCGACGCCACGGGUCUCGCGCACGACUCCUUCCUCAUCCGCAACUCCGAAUGGGCGAAAUUCUUCCUCGACGCCUGGUUCGAUCCGCUAUACCGGAGUUAUAAUUUUCAAAAAGCGGAGCGUCACGCACUGGAGCAUAUCGUGCAGUGGCAUGGGACCAUAUUGGGAAAAGUGGGACUGGUGCAGCAGAGGGUGUUGAAUGGAUAUGUCAAGCAAGAGGAGAAAGGAGGCGAAGAAGCGAUGUAUCGAGAGGGAGACUUUGUGGCGAACUUUUGGGGGUGUGGGAAAGAAGAGGGGAGGGCGAGUUGUGAGAAAGAAAUGGGGCCAAUGAUGGAGAAGUGGAGGGGAAUGAGGGAUGCGGAGGGGAGGAGUUGA